UACUUGACGACCACACCCUCUGCUUCGACAUACCCUCCGACCCCCUCAUCGAUCGCAAUGGCACCCAAGAAGGAAAAGGCUCCCCUACCAUCCUCGAAGCCCGCCAAAUCUGGCGAAGGCAAGCAAAAAAAGAAGAAGUGGAGCAAGGGAAACCAAAAGGAGAAGGUGAACAACAUGGUGUUGUUCGACCUUGCCACUUAUGACAAGCUCUUCUCGGAAGCUCCCAAGUUCAAGCUCAUCACUCCUUCUAUUUUGUCAGAUAGGCUGAGGAUUAAUGGAUCAUUGGCACGCCGUGCCAUUAAGGAUUUGAUGGCAAGGGGUUCUAUUAGGAUGAUUUCUGCCCAUGCUAGUCAGCAGAUUUACACCAGAGCUACCAACACCUAAAGAGAAAUUAUUUGUCUUUCUCAUAGGACACACAAACUUUUCACUUUUUCUUAAUAUUUUUCAUGUUAGGAAACUACUGUCUUUAUAAGCUAUUAUAUGCUUUGUUUAAGUUCAUCUGACCAAGCAUUUAUUUUUUGGUUGACAGUUUGUUUUUCUACAAAUGGAUUUAAAUAGGUCGAUUAUGUUUU